AUGAACUUAUCUUUUGCGGGUUGUGGUUUUCUUGGUAUAUACCAUGUUGGUGUUGCUGUGUGUUUCAAAAAAUAUGCGCCACAUUUAUUAUUAGGGAAGAUUUCCGGGGCUUCUUUUGGUGCUAUAUCAGCAUGUGCCCUACUUUGUGAUCUACCGAUCGGUGAAAUCACCAGUGAUGUCUUGAGGAUAGUUGGGGAAGCAAGGGCGGGGUCCCUUGGGCCCUUCAGCCCUUCAUUCAACAUUCAGAAUGUGCUUCUGGCCAGCAUGCAGAGGCACUUGCCUGAUGAUGUGCACAAGAUCGUCAGUGGCAGACUGCACAUAUCUUUGACCAGGGUUUAUGAUGGAAAGAAUGUUAUUGUCUCCGACUACCCCACCCGAGAAGACCUUUUGCAGGCGUUGCUCGCGUCGUGCUUCGUGCCAGUGUUCUCUGGCAUGUUGCCGCCACGCUUUCACGGAAUCCGCUACAUGGACGGCGGCUUCAGUGAUAACCUACCGGUGUUGGAUGAGAACACGGUCACCGUGAGCCCGUUCUGCGGUGAGAGCGACAUUUGCCCGCGGGACCUCAGUUCGCAGCUGUUCCACGUGAACUUGGCCAACACAAGCAUCGAACUGUCGAAGCAGAACAUGAAUCGCUUCGCGCGGAUCCUCUUCCCACCGAAGCCCGAGGUGCUCAGCAACAUGUGCAAGCAGGGCUUCGACGACGCGCUCCGAUUCCUCCAUAGGAACAACCUGAUCUCGUGCACCAGAUGCCUGGCGGUGCAGACCACAUUUCAGCUACAGGAUGUGCUUGACGAUACGACCUACGAGUACGACCCCGAGUGCGAAGAGUGCAAGACCCAUCGACAGGACGCCCUCGUCGACGAUUUACCGGACACCGUGAUGACGAUAUUCCAAAACGCCAUCGAGUCGGCGAACAGCGGGCUAGUGAGCUGGCUGAUGAGGCAGCGGGGGAUGAGGUGCGUCUCUGUGAUGACGUUGCCCUACAGGGUACCAGUGGACAUCAUGUACGCGACGUUCACAAAUUAUAUCGGUGAUAAGGUAGACAGGCACGCACUGCAGUACGCCGUGGUCGGCAGUGUGCGCGUGCGUAGAAGGAGGUGUGUCCGUCACAACAACGUAAUGACUAGAUUCGUGACCAGCACCCCGAAGAUGAGCAAGUCGCUGUGGCGGCUCAGCUGGAGUCUACUGCGGCAGCUGCACGCCUUCGUCUACUCGGCUCACGACCGCUCCGAAGCCGCCGCGAGGAUCUACUACAAACUGGCCCUGGACGCGAAGAAGGACGCUGACGACUACAGGCUGGACAGGAGACGCGCGAGCGAGGUUCGAGUGACUUACGGAGACGUGGUGGCCGACGGUGAUACGUUCGAGCACAUACUCAACGUAACAUCGCACAACGACGCGCUGCUCGCUUACUACUACCUCGACAGCGAUAACAAGAUGAAGAUGACGGAGAUUUAUGACGUGACGGACGCGGACACGGAGGCGGUACAGUCGCCGACGGAGCGAGACGUCAACAAGCAACUGGAGUUCGACAACGACUGGUCUUCGGACCUCAUCGUCAACGAAGACGAUCUGGACAUCGAUGAUGGCGAGGAGUUGUUGGACCACGGUCUGUUCUCCGAUCCCGAAAGCGAGUGGACCAGGCAAAGGUCUUGCUCAGAGUCUGACGGCGAGCAGCCGGAAUCCGACCAGAGGGUCGUCGGCUACAGCGCCAUCGAGUGC